AGAUACAAGGCGUACACAUAAGAUUAUAUAUUCAUACAUCGAAGUACUUGUAUGAGGACAUGUGGUACUACAUUUUCAUAUGUUUAUUUGCAUGUGCCUUCCAGAGUGUUAUUUGUCAAUGUAGAAACGGUUGGAUUCAGCAUAGUACAUCAUGUUAUUACUUCAGCGAUAACACGAAGAACUGGGAUUCUUCCUCUGCUUCAUGUCAGGCACAUCAUGCAGAGCUUGCUAGCAUAGAGACAAGAGAAGAAAAUACGUUCAUAUGGUCUGAAAUGAAUAAACUUGGUGGAUAUUUUUGGUUGGAUGGAACAAAUGAAUAUUCUGAAGGGAAAUGGGAAUGGGCGUCAACUGGUUAUGCUUUGGAUUAUUCAAACUGGUAUCCAGGAGAACCUAAUAAUGAUGGGGAGGAAGACUGUCUGAUGACGGGCGGAAGCUUCAAAACAUUCUGGAAUGAUGACAAUUGCGGGAGUCAUCAAAAAUUUAUUUGCGAGAAAAAGUAG